ACGACUAUGCUGAUGUGCUGAUGAAUUCGCCACAUCCUACUGUUUCAGAAAUCAAGAUUCCAUUAGAGGUGGAUGGAGAUCAUGAAGAUGGAAAGGAAAAUGCUGGUCCAGAUUACUGUAAAUCUAACUCAAACAGCAAAGGCGUGUUUUUAACGUGGGACGACUUGUGGGUUAGUGUUCCUAAUGGUAAGAAGGGGUGUAAAGCGAUCCUUCAAGGGCUCACGGGCUAUGCACGUCCAGGUGAACUUUUAGCCAUUAUGGGUCCUUCUGGCUGUGGCAAGUCCACGCUGCUUGAUGCGCUAGCAGGAAGGCUUGAUUCAAAAUCAAAGCAAAGGGGGGAAAUUUUAGUUAACGGCCGAAUGCAACAGCUAGCUUAUGGAACGUCGGCUUAUGUGACUCAAGACAAUAUCCUGACAUGGACUUUAACCACAAGAGAAGCUGUAUACUACUCCGCCCAGCUCCAACUGCCUAACACUAUGUCAAAGGCAGAGAAAAUAGACAGAGCAGACAGGACGAUCAGGGAAAUGGGAUUGCAGAGUUGUAUUGACACCAGAAUUGGAGGCUGGGGAAGCAAAGGUCUCAGCGGUGGACAGAAAAGGAGAGUAAGCAUUUGCAUUGAAAUGUUGACGCGACCGAAGCUUCUUUUCCUGGAUGAGCCGACAAGUGGACUCGAUAGCGCUGCUUCAUACUAUGUCAUGAAUCGAAUUGUUGAACUUGCCAAGGAAUAUGGGAUGACAGUAAUAGCAUCAAUGCAUCAGCCUAGUACAGAAGUCUGCAAUCUGCUUGACAACCUUUGUCUCCUUUCCUUGGGUAGGACCAUAUACUUUGGACCUUCCUUUGCAGCAAGUCAGUUUUUUGCAAGGAAUGGUUUCUCUUGCCCUGGUCUACAAAAUCCGGCAGAUCACUAUAUAAGAAUGAUAAACACAGAUUUCGAUGAGGACAUUGAAUCAGCUGCUGAAGGAAAGACAACCACAAGGGAGGUGAUCGAUAAGCUUGUCGAUUCUUACACAUCAUCUGAUAUAUAUAACCUGAUCCUGAGUGUAGUAGCACAGAUAAAUGGACAACAACUUCGAGUGAUGGCGAAGAAGAGGAGACGUGCUAGCUUCUUUAUGCAGUGCCUUGUCCUGACAGAGAGGUCAUUUGUGAAUAUGUACCGUGACCUAGGCUACUACUGGCUACGUCUUGCUAUAUACAUCACUUUAGCUUUUGGCUUAGGUACCGUCUUCUACAAUGUUGGAAACAGUUACAACUCCAUUAAUGCAAGAGCCUCAAUGCUCAUGUUUGUAGCAUCAUUAUUGACUCUCUUGAGUAUUGGAGGUUUCCCAUCAUUUGUGGAGGAAAUAAAGGUUUUUCAACGAGAAAGAUUGAAUGGGCACUACGGGGUUGCAGCAUUUGUUAUUAGCAACACAGUUUCAUCAGUUCUCUUCCUGUUCCUCAUAGCUGUCAUUCCCGGAGUGAUUGCUUAUUAUCUGGUAGGACUGCACCGGGGAACUGAAAGAUUUCUCUACUUCACUAUGGUACUCUUUGCUUCUAUUGUGUUGGUUGAAGGCCUCAUGAUGAUUGUAGCAAGUUUGGUACCAAAUUUCCUAAUGGGAUUGAUCAUUGGGGCUGGUACUCAAGGUGUAAUGAUGCUGAGUGGCGGUUUCUUUCGUUUACCAGAUGAUUUGCCAAAAAUAUUUUGGAAAUAUCCAAUCUACUACAUUUCCUUCCAUAGGUAUGCAUAUCAAGGCCUAUACAAGAACGAGUUUGAAGGGCUGAAAUUUCCCAGUAAUGAGUUGAUGACGGGUGGAUCUUCUCCGAUUGAUGGUGAAACAAUUUUGAGAGAUACAUGGCAAGUUGAGAGGGGCUACUCCAAGUGGAUUGAUCUGGCAAUCUUGUUUCUAAUGGUGAUCAUAUACAGGCUCUUAUUCUUCGGGAUAAUCAAAGUAAGAGAAAGCAUUAAACCUCUGGUCAAACGUUUUCACCUGGGGCUUUCGUAUAAGAAAGAAUGAUUUGUGAAUUGCUCACUAGGUUACUUUAAAGGGCCAAGAGAAAGAAGCUCUGGCUGGAGAUUUAAUAAGUUCUGUAUCAGACUCUUUUCGUUAGUCUCAGUAGUAUGUUACAUUACUGGCCUAACAUCAAUCUUAGCACGUCCAAAUAUUAUGGUGAGUCUGUAUUUCUCUUGUUGGAAGCAAGAACCAUCCUGGAGUUGGAUGAGUUGAACAAUAUAAUUGAGAAAGUUUUAGCUGUUAAUCACUAAA